CUCAAAGCUGACUAAUGGUAAUUUCGGUACACAGGGGGUAAUUUAGAGGAUUAUUUCCAAUUUGGAAAUCUCUUUCCUAUUCUUCAAAUCAGACUUAGGAAAGUACCCCGGAAAUAAACACGCGCGUUACUUUACCUUUGAAUGAAAAAUUAGAGUACCAUUAAAAUAUACAAAAAUAUCAAAAACACAGUUUUCCGCAUUCUGUCAAAAUUUACAAAAUUUGUGCUAUAUCUCUUUUUUAUUUUCCCGUAUUGUAUCAAUUUAAAAGUUGCCAAAGUCAAAAUGUUCGGUGUCGGUUAUGACAAAUAUUUAACUGUUAACUGGAAUUGUCUUCUAUCUCUGCUAAGUCUCUGUUCGGCUUACUUCUCAGGCGAUACAAGCAAGAUGUAUAACAAACACGAAGUGAUCACACGAGCUGCAUUCGAUAAGCCGAUAGUGAAGAAGGACGACAGUGCUCGAUUCGUGUGUGAGUACGGGGCUAUGUUGCAAUUUGGAGAGGGAAGGUACCAUGCGGUCAUCCAGUUCCCGAAUAACAAGAGAUAUGUCUCAGAUUUAAUUGCGUAUAAACCAGAAGGCGUCUCCGUAGAUUUCAACGAGGAGCGGAAUUCGUUUGAGGUCAACAUACCCCACGCCAAGUUGUCUGAUGCAGGGGAGUAUUUGUGCAGCUACACGGCAGGAAGUAACGCCCAGUACGACAUCAAAGUGGUUGAAGACACGCCAGGCAGAGUGGCGUCUCUAAACGUCAUAGUGGGAACUAGUCCCCCCAUCAUCCGUGGCAGCAGCACCCCCGAGGUGAAGGCGGGGGAGUUACACAACCUCACAUGUGAAGUGAGACAGAGUUACCCGCAGGCGGACAUAGUGUGGGAGGACGACAAAGGACACUCUCUGAAAAUCAAUCCCAACAUGUACUUCGAGAUUAAGACCAAAAAGAACGAGGAUGGUUUAAUCUCCACUACGAGUAUCAUGAGCUUCACUCCUGCGAGGGAAGAGGACAGGAGAGUGUAUGUGUGCAAGGCCAAGAAUGACGCCGACGUUGCAUUCAAAAACGACUCCGUCACACUCAACGUCCGAUAUGCCCCGAUAGUUCACGUGGACAUCUCGCCCCAGUUGAUUGAGGAGGAUUGUGAUAGGGUUACUGCAGUGUGCAGGUCGGAUGCGAACCCUGAAGUCGGCUCUUUCAGGUGGUAUCUGGGACACCAAAUGAUUGAGAACGAGGAGUCUAACAACCUCAUACUCACAGGGAUCAGUGAAGAUUCACAUAAGGAUAGAAUGGUCUCCUGUGAAGCGAGAAAUGCAUAUGGCAGCGCAAGAGCCAGUGCGAAACUGAACUUCAUUCGCAAGCCCGAGUUCACAAAGAUCCCGAACGAGGAGUACAAAGUGAUCAUGGGAGACCAGGUGAAGCUGGAGUGUGAAGCGGAUGGACAUCCUGAGCCCCGGAUAGAGUGGCUGAGAGAGGGCUACGACAGGGUGCUCUCCUAUGGCCCCACUCUCAUUCUGGAUAAUGCCGGGUUCAGUUCCUCUGGAGUCUAUAUUUGCAGGGCUGUAGUGACUAAUAUGUACAUCGCAGAGACCACAGCAAAAGUCACAGUGUUUGGUCCCCCCUCUCUGCUGGCGAACCGGAAGAAGUAUAGCAAAGUGGGGUCCAUGGCCACGCUGGAGUGCAGUGUGAGCACGCGAGUGACCAAACCCACCAACAUGUACUGGAAACACAACGAACUCAAAUUCGAGGAGGGCCAAUUUGUCAACAAAUACAUAGUGGAGAAGCGUGAGUUGAAUGACAGCUGGACUCUGUUGCUCACCAUUCUGGACUUGAAAGAGGAGAACUUCGGGGAUUACAACUGCACUGUGUUCAACCACGCCGGAAACGACACCGCCACUGUCUCACUCAUGCAGUCCAUGUCUGCAGGAAGUAGUUACCCAACGAACAAAAUAGCGUCUGUGGUUCCGCAAGAUGAGAUGUCCAUUAUCAUUAUGGGCAGUUGUGUGGCGGGGGCUCUGCUGGUGUUGCUGUUCGCCAUCGUCAUUGCUCUCAUCUGUUACUGUCAACAGAGUCCAAAAGGAGGAAAACAUCAGGCUGUCAACCAGAAGCCCCCCGAUUUGCCCCCCUCAUAUCGACUGAACGUGAGUUCUCCCUCUCACCACAUAAUGAACCAACACUUGCCCCCCUCCCAAAUGCAGAUGCAACAGGACUACGUAGACAUGGACGGCAUGCUGAUGAACGGGGGCUCAGGCACUCCCCCUCCCCCGCCCCAAAUGUACCCGACCAUGGUGGCCAACCAGAGGAAUGGGGGCUCGUUCUUCGGAAGCAGGGCAGAUGACAUCAACAGCAUAGAUGACGGAUGCAAGAGUUCUUCUCAAACGAUAUAUGGGGCGCCAGGCAUGUGGCGUGAGUUCGAACCUCAGCCUCCGCCCAACUUUUUACUACACAGCUGUGCUCCGCAGUACAUUUACCCUCCGUUCUACCGGGGUGCAAAUAAAGUACCCGGCGUUGGGGGCAAUUUUAGAAAGAGUGCUGACCACACAGAGAUUCCACCUUUUUGGUAAAUCACUUCCACUCAUUCUGAUCACGCUUGGUAAUAGGAAAAGAACUUCUGUGGCUCUUAGCUCUACGAAAUGAUAAUUAGCGUCUGUUUUUGUUUAUAUUUCCGGCCGAUUUCUGUCACCUUCCUUCUCCUUGUUCCUUAUUGAUCCAUCUUUCCUUAGCUUUCCCAGUUUAUGUUAAUUAGUAUAUUAAUAGUUACGUUUGGGAUUAGCAAGCGUUAUCAAACCGGAAUAUUGACUUUUUUCGUGUUGACAACUAGUUUAACAGAAUCACUUGAAUCAUUUUACCUUUGGUUUAUAAGAAAUCAAUAGUCAGAUAUUAAUUCGACAAUGAGGCGAAGAGCUAACGCACCUGUCUAUAAAACAAUAGGUCAAACCGAAUCUGGCCAGGUUCGAAUCCGGCCGGACCUGUUUUUUUUUGCAAGCGGAAAAUUGUCCGCGCGUCCAAAAAUCUUUGUCGGACUUCUGUUUGUCUGCUUUUUUGGUAGGCUUAGUUACCGUAGCAUCAGAUCUAUCUAAAAUUUUGGCUUUUUAACUCCAACUAAAAAUAUAUCAGCGCAUUCCGGUUUUGGGCAACUAAUUGAGUUCCAAGAAGUUUGCCUAUUUUUUUUGCUAUUUUUUGAUUUUUUUUUCAUACUGUUAAUUAAAAGUUUUUGGAAGUUGUUUUCCUUAUAAGUUCAAGGAGUACUCUGAGCAUUUGGUGCAGUGGUAACACCCAUGCUUGAGACAAAAAAUCCCAGAAGUUCGAUUCCAGUCGGGACCUGUUUUUUUGUGGAAACUAAAAAUUUUCGUGCCUGCUAAUUUUCGUGCCUGAUAAUUUUCGUCGUUUUGGGUCCCGAAGAAAGGUUCAGUUUCUUUUAGCAUAUUGAAAGCUUUUUGUAAUGUUUCUAAUGGGGCAGGUAAUUUUGUUCCAGGAUUUUUUUGUCCUUUAAAAAAAAAUUGCUGGUAAUCAUAGUCAUUCAUUAUUGUAUCGCAAGUUGUUCGAAACUCCGCUUCGCCUCUUGUAUUAAAAUAUUUUUACGAUGCGUCUAUAUUGUACCUUAACACUAGGUAAUAUAAGUGCGAUUGAAAUUGCUCAGAUUUUCUGUCUUGUCCAUUAUUUCUUUGUAUCGAACUUCUCAAAGAGGCUAAUUUUUUUCUAAAAACUGUUUUGGGUAUGUGAAAUUUGAAUAAAGUUCUUCAACACAACAUUUCAACAACAUCGACGUGAAUGGUAAUGUAACAAAAUUAACUCUUGCACCUUUGCAACACUUAUACAUAGUUUACUUCACUGUUGGUUUGCACUAGUUAGUAGUGGGAAGAAUAUUAACUUUUUAGUUAUUGCUUG